CCGGAUACUUCCCUAAAUCCGUUAAUUUAUUAAUUAGUCGGAUAAACGCGUUUAAUUGGUCUUCUAAAUUUGGCUAGACACUCUCAGAGGCUGCUAAACGAGCACCCCAAAAAAGUAUUUUAACAACACCGGCUCACUCAUCACGACGAUUUACCAACAGUACAGACACAAUUGCUAACAUGGGUGACCAAAUUCCAGAUGAAGGCUUCUCUGGCCUCUAUGAUACUCCUGUGGAAAACCAUAGGCGUAUGAGAGUUGUGAUUAUUGGCGCAGGGUUCUCGGGUAUAUACCUAGGUGUUAGGAUUCCACAACGUCUACGCAACAUUGAUCUUGGCAUUUAUGACAAGAAUGCAGGUGUAGGAGGAACAUGGUAUGAGAACAGGUACAAUCAUCUCCGUCAUCCUUUUCUACCGGCAUAUUACUGACUAACGUUUUAGAUAUCCCGGCUGUGCGUGCGAUGUGCCGUCUCAUUCAUAUCAGUAUGCAUUUGCACCCAAUCCGCGCUGGAGCAGCCUAUAUGCUCCUGCGCCGGAGAUUCUGGCGUACUUGACGGGCGUCGCUGAGCGAUUCUCCGUCUUGAGAUUCGUCAAGCUUCAGCAUUUGGUACGCAAGGUUGAGUGGAGGGCCGAUAUUCGUAAAUGGAACAUCACUGUCAACAAUCUCGUUACUGGAGAGACCUUUUUCGACGAAGCAGAUGUCGUAGUAAACGCUAAAGGGGCUCUAAAUACGAUGCGUUGGCCAGACAUCCCGGACUUUGAUUCACUAGCAAUCCCGGUGAUGCACUCGGCCAAGUGGAAUGACUCCAUUUCCUUCGAAGGCAAGCGUAUUGGCAUCAUCGGUGGUGGCAGUAGCGCUAUUCAGAUUGUUCCCCAGAUGCAGCGUGUCAAGGACUCCAAGCUAAGCUGCUUCGUGCGCAGCAAGACAUGGAUCGCCAAACCGUUCGGAGACACCAUUAUGGGUGAUCUUGGCUUGGAAGAAGCAUCUAUUCCUGAACAACUUCGCGAGCGCCUUGCAACAGACCCAGAGUUCCUCCAUCAAUUCCGCACCAUUGUAGAAAAGCGCGGAAACUCAAUGCAUGCUUUAACCAUCAGAGAUUCGCCUCUACAAAAGUUUGUUCGACCGAUCAUUGAGAAUCUCAUGCAACAAGGUCUUGCGAAAAAGCCCGAGAUUCUAGAGGCCCUUCUCCCAGAUUUUGGCGUAGGAUGCAGACGACUUACGCCAGGACCGGGUUAUCUCGAGGCCCUGACCGCUGAUAAUGUCGAUUUCAUCACAACUCGCAUCAAAUCUGCAUACGCAAACGGCCUCGAACUUGACGACGGCACCAAGGUGGAACUUGAUGUUCUGAUCUGCGCAACAGGCUUUUACACUGGACUUGCACCUCCGUUCCCCAUAAUUGGUAUUAACGGCCAAAGCUUGGAGAGUCGCUUCGCCGAGUUUCCCGAAACAUAUCUUUCCAUUGCCACAGAUGGGUUCCCCAACUUCUUCUUCAUGUGCGGUCCAAACGGAGCUAUCGGUACAGGUCCUUUAACCACCAUACUCGAGUCCAUGGGCGACUACAUUGUCAAGUGUAUUCGCAAGUUGCAGCGGGACAAUAUCCAGGCUAUGGAAGUUCAGCCGCAGCGAGUCCAAGACUUUGUGGCAUAUAUGGACCACUACUUCAAGAAGACAGUAUACACGGAUUCUUGCCACACAUGGUAUAGUCGAAACGGGAGAAUCACCAUGAUAUGGCCGGGAAGUUCCUUACACGCCAUGGAGACUUUGAGAUCGCCCCGUUGGGAAGACUGGAACUAUAUAUAUCGGGGCGAAGAAGAAGGCGGUAAAGAGACGAACCGCUUGGGCUGGUUAGGCAAUGGCUGGUCGGCGCCGCAGCUGGAUGACAGUCAGGGUGAUAUUACGUAUUUCGUGAAUCCGGAAGAAGUUGAUGUGCCAUCCGAGCCGCUUCCGGAGAAGACGGCCGGUAAUGUUCGACGAGCAUAUUCUUAUUAG